GGGUGGAAGAUCAACCUCGCUUACAGUGGGCGAGAACUUGGAGAUAAACCGAUCCAAGACGACACAUCUGUCUUAGGUUCGAAAUCUAUACCCGCGUCCUGCUGCACGACCAUUAUGCGGUGUACAAGAAGAUGCGCAGCCGGGAGCGACCCACGCAGGAAGUUCAGCUAUCCCCGGGCGACAUGAGCGAUGAGGACUGGCGCAAGUUCUGCCAAAGAACCCGUGACCAAGAGAUUGAGAGGACUCGGGCAUCAUUAGAUGAAAAAUCAGAGGAGCUGAGGUGGGAAACCGAGAUUCUCGGUCUUCGUGCAGAGAUGGCGGCAAUUGCAACAGAUUAUCGAAGUUUAGGCACACAACUUCGCCUAUUUCAAGUGUGGGUAAACUACAGGGAAGCGAGGGAGCGUUCAGUGGACGCUCAUGAGGCAUCGUUGAGCGGAGCGGAAAGACAAGCCUAUGUGAGUCGGGUAGAAAAGAGGAGGAAAGAGAAUAGAAUGGAAAUCGAACGGGUACUUGCCCAUAUACGAACAAUAAAUGAGCAGAGGACUUCCAUAGAUAGAGCGCUUGUUGCAGCGGGAAAGAGACUCCGCACGAGAAAGAGAGCAUGGGACCAAGAGAAUGAGAAACAGCGACGCAUAGGCUUGGAAAUCAAGCGACGGGAAAGGAGGGAGAGUCGUGGGCUGAGGAGCAUUUGAGGCUGAUGGAAUAUAUGCGAAUCCGUCAGUCUAGACUAAGUUUGAAAGACUUGAAACACCGAUUACUUAUAUUGCUAUAU